AUUCAUUCAACGGCUGCAGUACUCUUCCGCUCGCUCGACCGUGUAUAAGCCCCGUUCGUAGAUUGUAUUCCUCCAAGUCCGUUGCGUUGGCAGAAAACCUUUACAAUUCAAUUUUGCAACGCGUAUGCGUAAAUCUUUUAUCCUCCACACCCCGGCGAAAGAAGUUUUCCAGCAGAGCGCAUUGCCGAACGGAAACAGUGAAACGGAUCGAAAACGAAACGAAAUUGCAAACUGAUGCAUGCGGUUCGGUGAAUUAGUGAAUCUUCCUCCCUUGUCUAGCAUUUUCUGUGCAAUUUAUUUCAAAUUUCCUUUUUUAAUUGACGACUUUUCGAGCACGUACCGGCGUUUACAGACAGUUCCAGAGUGUCACUAGAUUCCAGUUGCGCAGCUUGAAAUAUAUACAGAAGACCGAAGAAAAGGGCUCGAAGAGGCACCAGAUCAAGUUUUUCGCCGAAAAAGCGAAGUGCAAUUUUUCGCAGCAAACGGAUAGGAAAAAGAAGCUAUACACAGGCGGUGAAUCAGACAGAAAGAAAUGAAAAAUGGAGCAAUUUGAACAGCUUUUAACGUGUUGCGUGUGUCUGGACAGAUACCGCAAUCCGAAGCUGCUACCAUGUCAGCACUCGUUCUGCAUGGAACCGUGCAUGGACGGUCUCAUCGAUUACGUCAAGCGACAGGUAAAAUGUCCGGAAUGCCGCGCAGAACAUCGCAUCCCCUACCAGGGUGUGCAAGGUUUUCCGACCAACGUGACACUGCAACGGUUCCUGGAGCUGCACAUCGAGAUCACUGGCGAACUGCCGGACCCAACAUCUGGUCAGGUGAUGGAACGGUGCAACGUUUGCUCGGAGAAAGCGUACUGCACUCAGUGCGUUCACUGCGAGAAAAAGAUCUGCGCGGAUUGCAAGAGUGCCCACAUGGACAUACUGCGGCGUGAAAUUAAUCGUAUCAAUAAUCAGAUCCGACGUGGUCUUCACCGUUUGAAGGAGGUUCUGGCUGUAGUGGAGAAGAAUGCACAGAACCUGCAGAACAACUGCGGAAGCGUAUCGGAGGAAAUCGAUGAAAUCUACCGCCGGCUGCAGAAGGCACUCAAGGACCGGACCGAUCAUCUGCGUGGUGAUAUGGAUAAAUAUCUGUCAACGGAGCUGAAGAACGUGCUGACGAUGAAGGAAAACCUGGAGCUGGAGAUCGCCAACAUCCAGAGCAACUCCGACUUAGCUGAGAAGUACAUGAACGAGGGCUCGGUUGAGUGGGAUGAUUGCGAGUUAAUGGACACGAAGGAGAUUUUUCUGCGAACGGUUGAUUUCAUCAGGAACUUUGAUUGCGAAACGAUGGACUACAGCAGGAAGGUGCGUUUCAUCAUGAACAUCGACCCGAACAAGCUGAUCAUGGAGGUGUCUUCAUAUGGGGAUCUGAAACUGCCAUCGGACGUGGUUGGAACUAGUCAAAGUCAGAGCAUGCUGCUGCAACCGCCCCCUGGACCGGGAUUGAUGCGUUCGAAAAGUGAUCACCGAUUGGCCGCUCAGUUCCGGCAGCAGGAGGCGCAAGGUUGGAAUGCAGAUGACGAGCCAUUGCUCGGUGGACGUCGCUUUGGGGAACGGCCGAUUAAAGCCGCACCGGAGAAAGAGAAGUACGGAAAUGAAUCUCGGUAUGGUCGUGGAAACGAUUAUGACUAUGACGAUGAACCCGCUAGCAGGUCAACCAAGGGCCGUUUCCGGUCUAGAUUUGCACGCAGUCAUCAGCGGGACGACGACUCGGAUAACGAAUCCAAGCAGGUACGUUUCAACGAAAAGGAGGAGAAGGCCAAUAAGGUGGCCAGCACCGAGGAUGUCGCCAAAGGACCGCUCAGUGGAAUCUUCCGUCUAAUGGAUUCGCCCCGUGUGAUGAAACGACUUCAGGAUACGGAAAAAGGUAAAGUGAAGAAGGCCUCCCCGGCGGCAACUCCGACCGCACCCAAACCAAAUCCGUUGACGAUGCCGAAACUGAAAGUUACCACGGCCAGACAGCUAUCCGAAGAUGAUGAGAUUGCGAAAAUCAAGCGACAAAAUAAGGGUGCGUCGACAAGUACCUCAACAACGACAACCACCCCAUCCUCACCGGUAGCGACGGAACCGGAGCGUCCUGCUGCUGAACGCGUAUCUGCCCUAAAGGCUCGUGUUAAUUCCGCCCAAGCAGCGGCCAACAGUGACGACAGCGACAGCACCCCGAGCUCACCCGCCCGACGUUCAUCUCCGCAUGUCGAGCAGCCCGAUAGCGAUCAGGAUGAAGUGGAACGCUCGAGCCGCUCCCGUCAGUCCUCGGCCGCUAAAGCGGGAACACCCGCACCACAGUCGAAGAAAACUCCCGUACGCUCUGCCAGUAGUGACUCGAACUCUUCGAGCGAGUCCUCCAGUGCUUCACCCGUGCCGAGCUCGCCGGCUCGCACCGAAGAACCCAGACCAAAAGCUUCGAUUUUGAAAAAUGCUGAACCUGCUCGCAAUAUCGCUUCGCCAACCUCCAACUCAUCGACGGAGCGUAAACCUUUCCAGAGCCGUUUCCUGUCACAAACUCCAACACCAGCAACGACAACAACAACGACGACGACGCAGCAGAAAACCGAAAAGAAAGACGAAUCCGAGAGCAGUAGCGAGGAAGAAACGUCCUCCGAGGAGGAAUCAGAAGAAGAGGAAGAAGAGGAGGAGGAGAAGCCGGCACCUGUGAGACCAACUGCAACGGUCACUACUCCACCUAUUCGUCGCGAGCAGCAAAACUCGCCAUUGUUUAGCAGAAUCCAAGCACGCGAAGCGGCCGCUAUGGACUCGAAGCGUAACUCUCGCGAGGAAACUCGUCCCAGCGGUUACUCCAGCCCAACCAGCUAUCGGAGCAACUAUGAACGCGACGAAAGCCCGAAAUACGGAACAUCCUCAGCAUCGAGUUCUGCACUUCGCUCACGAACCACUGCCCACGUCGAACCGGAGGAGAACAAAUACGGCAGCUCCGGAUAUACGAGCCGGUUUUUGAACAAGAGCAAGAGUACGGCUGUUGUAGCCCCGGAAGACGACGCCACCGGCGAUGACUCCGACAGCCGUCUCGGCAGCAACCGAAGCCGUUUCACUGCCCUGCAGGAUCGCCGCAAUCGACUAGCUCGCAGCCGUUCGUCGCACAACUUUGGCAACGAGGACGAAGAUGAUGAACCGGUGUCACCGACAACGUCGUCUCCGUCGGCUUAUCUUGCUUCUAGAUACGGCGCAUCAUCAUCGCUCGCUUCUCAACCAGCCGAUUUGUCGCGUAGCCGCUCGACGCACGCCCUUAAAUCGCGGGAGCCUUCGCCGGAUCGCAGUACCGGUACCGACAAAGAUGGUGCUGCCCUCAGUUCCUGGGCUCGCUACCUCAAAAACAAGUACGGUAACCGCAGUACCAAGGACAGCAAGGAUACACCCUCCUCGUCGCUGUCAGCCACUUCGUCAUCACUAGCAACACCCUCGACGUCGGCUUCGUCAUCUUCGUCGGCCGCCGCGCGACGGCUGAGCCUGGGACUUCCCCUGCGCCAAACAGACAUCCUCAGCUCCGAUGAUGAUUCAAAAAACGGGGUAGGCUCCCCUACCUCUCCUACGGCGGCAGUAGUCGGUAUACCAGGGGCAGCAGGUAUGUCCCCUAGGACACAGUACCUGCAGAAGCGCCGACAACUGUUCCAGAUAGGAGGUCGGGGGAGCGAACCAGGUUCCUUCACGUGGCCGCGCGGCAUCGCCGUCGGCCCGGACAAUAGUAUCGUAGUGGCGGACUCUUCCAACCAUCGCGUCCAGGUGUUCGACUCGAACGGCAUCUUCGUCAAGGAGUUCGGCCAGUACGGCAACGGAGACGGAGAAUUCGACUGCUUGGCAGGGGUUGCCGUCAACCGAAUCGGCCAGUACAUCAUAGCCGAUAGAUACAAUCACCGUAUUCAAGUACUGGAUCCGGCCGGACGAUUCCUUCGUUCUUUCGGUACCCAGGGUACGGCGGAUGGGAAGUUCAACUAUCCGUGGGGUAUCACCACGGAUGUGCUAGGUUUCAUCUAUGUGUGUGAUAAGGAGAAUCACCGUAUUCAGGUAUUCCAAUCGGAUGGCACAUUCAUCGGCAAGUUCGGUUCGUGUGGAAAAGAAGAAGGUCAGCUUGAGCAUCCGCAUUACAUUGCCGUUUCGAAUACGAAUCGUGUUAUCGUGUCCGACUCCAACAAUCAUCGUAUUCAGAUUUUUGAUGUUAAUGGUCGCGUAGUGACCACCUUCGGUGGCGAGGGCUCCGACGAGGGUCAGUUUAAAUUCCCGAGAGGCGUCGCGGUCGACGAUCAGGGCUACAUUUGCGUCGCCGAUUCGGGCAAUAACCGAAUUCAAAUUUUCCAUCCAGAUGGCAGCUUUUUGCGUGCGUUCGGCUCCUGGGGUUCCGGUGACGCCGAGUUCAAGGGUCUGGAAGGAGUGGCCAUCAUGUCGAACGGCAACAUCCUGGUGUGCGACCGGGAAAACCAUCGGGUGCAGGUGUUCUAGCUGGCGGCUAGUGAAAGAACAAACCACAGUCACGUGCCGGUAAACACACUGCGUUGCUGCUAGAUCAAGUGAAUAAAUAAAUGGCAAAUUUAAUGUCCGCAUCCGAUACCAACAAAAUUAAUUAAUUAUUUUUUGAGAAAACAGAAAAAUUGCUCUCAGGACCUGUUGCGUCUAUAAUUUUUUUGUGCUACAUUAACAAGCGGACAUUUUAGCGGUUACUUAGCCAAUUGCAACGAAUAACUGUUGUCUUUCUUGACCAUAUAUUUCUAUUAGAAUAAUGUUUUGAAUAGUUUGAACAAAAUUACACAAUUGGAAGUACUAGUGAAAACAGAAAUGCCGAAUGCGAAGUUAACUUAUAUCAUUGUUAUACUGGAGAAUUUACCUAAAACUGUAGAAAAGUAGUAAAAUGAAGAUUUUUGAGUUAAUUAAUGUUUGAACAGCUUAAAA